AUGUCUCCCCAAGGCUCUAGAUUGCAAGGAAAGGUUGCCAUUGUCACCGGCGGAGGCUCUGGCUUUGGUGCCGCCAUCGCCCGCCGAUUCGGUGAAGAAGGCGCUAAGGUGCUGGUCGCAGAUAUCAACGUCCAAGGAGGCGAGCAAGUCGCUUCGCAGAACCCCGGCAACCUCAAGUUCCAGCGCAUGGAUGUUACAUCGAAGUCCGACUGGACGGCCAUUGUUGACUUGGCCUUCUCCGAGUAUGGAAGACUGGAUAUUUUGGUGAAUAAUGCCGGGACUAGCUAUCGGAACAAGCCUACCGCCGAAGUGACCGAGGACGAGUGGGAGCGAGUGUUCAACGUCAAUGUUAAGAGCAUCUACUUGGCUGCUAACGUCAUCAUGCCCAAAUUUAUCGAGCAAGGUCAGGGUGGCUCUAUGAUUAACAUUUCUUCGACGGGUGCUAGUCGUCCUCGACCGGGUCUGGUGUGGUACAAUGCCUCCAAGGGCGCUGUCACAAACGCUACUAAAGGCCUUGCAGCCGAGUAUGGCCCUCACAACAUUCGAGUCAACAGCGUCGCUCCCCUGCUGUCCGGUACCGGCCUCUUUUCCAUGUUCACCGGCAUGGAGGAUACCCCCGAGAAUCGUCAAAAGUUCAUUGGAAACGUUCCCUUGGGUCGCUUGACAGAGGCAGAUGAUAUUGCCAACAUCUGUCUGUACCUUGGUAGUGACGAGGGCAGCUUUGUUAACGGUACUGAAAUGGUCAUUGAUGGCGGAAAGUGUAUUUAA